CAAAGGGAAAAGGAAAACCUCAUCUUCUUCAUCAUCUACAUGUCCAGAAAACAGGUGGUUGUAGUCAAAAGCCAUGAGCUCAAUAGGGCAGACCAUCCUGAUGGCACUCACUGUUACUGUGAACAAGUUUGCUUCUUCUAAUGUGCAGGCAGUUCAGAGAAAACAAAGGAAAGGCACAAAGAAAACCACUCCCUCCGGCGCCACCACUGAUUUUGGAAGACGAGGGCUGCUCUUAUCUGCUGCUGUUGCUACUCCCCAACUUAGUGACUCUGCGACUGAGCUUCUCAAAAAGUAUCUGAAGAGGUCAGAAGACAACAAGGCCAAGAAUGACAAGCAGAGAAUGGACGAUUAUUACAAGCGAAAUUACAAGGACUAUUUUCAGUUUGAGGAAGGACCUUUGAGGUCGAAGAAAACACCGCUUACAGAAGCAGAGAAGGGUAUUCUUGAUUGGCUUGACAGCAACAAAUGAACACCAAAUUCUUAGU